UCACCUCCUUCCUUCUCCACAAUCACCACCGUCUUCAAAACCUGCCUGCACACACCCACUCACUCUCACACUUCACUGUUCUCUCUCUCUCUCUCUCUCUCUCUCUACUUAAUCCUCGUUUCAUGGGAACACGAAUUCCAUCUCACCAGCUCAGCAAUGGCCUCUACGUCUCAGGCCGCCCGGAACAACUCAAGGAACGCCCACCUACAGUGGCGUCGCGUGCCGUCCCUUAUACCGGCGGCGACGUCAAGAAAUCGGGCGAGCUCGGCAAAAUGUUCGACAUCGCUGUCGAUCCUUCCUCCAAUGCUCCUCCCUCGUCCAAGACCUCUCGCCCUUCCUCCUCCUCUCAGCAUAACAGCGGAUCCCUCCGAUCCGCUUCCAACUCCGGCCCACUCAGCAAAUCUUCCAGUUCCGGUCCCUUGCAGAAGAAAUCUUCUGGUCCCAUGCCGUUACAGCCCACUGGUUUAAUCACCUCCGGUCCGCUCGGCUCCUCGGGCGGCGGUGGGACCCGGCGUUCUGGGCAGUUGGAGACAUCGACUUCUAUCAGCAAGGCUACCUACGGUGCGGCAGUUACCAGUCUGACUGAGGAGGUUAAAUUCGGGUUUAAGGUGUCUAAGUUGAUAAUGUGGGUUUUCAUUGGGGUCAUGGUCAUGGGUUUGUUGGUGGGCGGAUUUAUGAUGGUCACGGUGAAGACGCCGGUCAUAUUAGUGGUGGUUGGGGCUAUUUUACUGCCGGUUGUGCUGCUUGUUGGCUGGAAUUAUACUUGGGGAAUGAGAGGACUGUUAGGGUUCUUGAGAAGAUAUCCUGAUGCGGAGCUUAGAGGUGCUAAAAAUGGACAGUAUGUCAAGGUCACGGGGGUUGUUACCUGUGGCAGCAUUCCAUUAGAGUCGUCGUACCAGAGGGUGCCCAGGUGUGUAUAUGUAUCUACAGAAUUGUAUGAGUAUAAAGGAUGGGGUGGAAAGUCUGCAAGCUCCAAGCACCGUCCAUUUUCAUGGGGAGUUAGGCAUUCAGAGAAACAUGUGGCAGAUUUUUAUAUAUCAGACUUCCAAUCAGGGUUAAGAGCACUUGUAAAAGCAGGUUAUGGUGCAAAGGUUGCCCCAUUUGUCAGACCUGCUACUGUGGUUGAUGUAACCAAGGAAAACCGAGAAUUGUCUCCAAGUUUUCUACGUUGGCUAGCUGAGCGAAACCUCUCCAGUGAUGACCGCAUCAUGCGCCUGAAAGAAGGAUAUAUCAAAGAAGGGAGCACUGUAAGCGUGAUGGGGGUAGUUCAGCGCCAUGAUAAUGUACUUAUGAUCGUCCCAUCGACAGAGCCAGCCUCAACAGGGUGCCGGUGGUCCCGCUGCUUUCUUCCCAUGUACAUUGAAGGUCUCAUCAUGACAUGUGAUGAGAGUCAAAAUGCUGAUGUUGUUCCUGUGUAAAUAUAUUGCAUGCCAUCUUUAACUUUCUUUCGCUAGUGUGUAUUGUAACGUUGCAAGACAACAUUGUACGGGUGAAGCCGGAAAGAAAGAUGAGUUGGUACCGGAUCACCCUGUUCCCACUGAAGCCAGGUUUUUUAAGUGUAUGUAAUAUGGGCCUAAAGAUGCAGAGAGAAGGAAGCUUGAUAGAAGAUCACAAAAUAAGUGAGGAUAGUCUAGACAGGCGAAAUAUGUCUUGUGUUCUAAUGGACGAGGAUAAAGAAGAAGAGGUAAGCAAGUAGGCAAUGUUGUAUUGGGAUGUCAUAUACAUUUUGGUUUCAGUUGAUUUUGUGUACAUAAGAGGCGAAGAUGCCCCAAAGGGUUCCUCUUUGCUCAUGCAAGUGGUUGGUGUUGCGUUUAUUAUGACACACUUGAUUGUAGAAUGAAUAUUGAAGUUGAAGGAAAUAAUAUUUGUUUGUGCUUUACUA